AUGAGUAACCCAGCAAUACAAGAAUUCGGCUGGACGGCUGUACCGCGCAGAAUGUCUACACUUCUUAAACAAUCGCAAAGAUCUGCUCAAGCUCCACAGCCAAUUUCAGUUUCGUCAGUUUCGCUUCCAAACUCACAUUUGGCAAAGGCAGUCCAUGACUUCGCAAAGACAGAGCUGUCUACCGAGACAUACAAUCACAGUAUGCGAGUAUUCUACUAUGGACAAGCCAUUGUUCGACAGGCAUUUCCGGCUUGGUCAACUUCGAAUUUCAAUGAGACGUACUUUCUUACGUGCCUUCUUCACGACAUCGGAACGACGGACAGGAAUAUUACUGCGACUCUAAUGUCGUUCGAGUUUUAUGGCGGUCUGAUUGCUCUUGAUCUUCUGAAGCAUCUCUCCGCACCAAUUGAGCAAGCUGAGAACGUGGUAGAGGCAGUUAUUAGACACCAAGACUUAGGCGAUACCGGAACAAUUACCAGACUUGGAGCACUGAUCCAGCUGGCCACUGUCUUUGAUAAUAUGGGGAUGAAUCCAACGCUUGUCCAUGAGGAAACCAUCAGGAAUGUCGUGACGGAGUUUCCAAGAAAUAAAUGGAGUUCUUGCUUUGCGAAGACGAUUCGAAAGGAGAAUUUUUUGAAGCCAUGGGCGCAUACAACCCACCUUGGCGAGAGUGAGUUUCCGUGUGGGGUUGAGAACAAUCAGUUGAUGGCUCCAUAUGACGAUGCAUGA